ACGCUUCUUCAUCAACCGUGGAGGCAUCGUGAUUUCUGAGCGGCCACCUUCAUUGAGUGCUUUCUAUCAUUAACAUUGUUUCGCUGCCUUAUUCUGCGAGAUCUCGACUGUGUAAUUCAAAGUGGUAUCAGAAAGCAACACCUCGAGACAACUUCAUCCGUUUCCACUCACAAGCUUAACCAACAUGGCGCCCAACAAGAUAAUCAUCGACACAGACCCCGGUGUCGACGAUAUCAUGGCCAUGCUCCUGGCUUUGAGUGCUCAGCCGGAGGAGCUUGAAGUUCUCAUGUUGUCCGUCACGUACGGCAACGUUCCACUGCAAAGCUGUUUGAAGAACGUGGUGGCCUUAUUUCACGUUCUCGAGAAGGAGAUUGAGUGGAGGAAAUCGCAGGGGCGGCCUGAAGGGUUCGCUAGCAUGAGGAAGAACAAGCCCAUCGUGGCUGUCGGGCCAGAGCACCCCCUGGAUGACGAGGAGCUCAUGGCCGAUUACUUUCAUGGCUUGGAUGGUCUGCACAAUGUGCACGAUGCCCAUCCCCACCUGAGCCCUGCCGACACAUGGAAAGCUUUGUUCGACAAGACAUCGGAUACUGCACCUGAAGCCGACAACUUUUCGCCUUAUUUCACGCCCUCCAGAGCGCCCUCUCACAAGGAGAUCCUCCGCAUCCUGAAGGAGAACCCUGCCGAUACUGUGUCUGUCCUUGCCGUUGGACCUUUGACCAACGUCGCUCUCGCUGCCGCUGAGGACCCGGAAACCUUUCUCAAGAUCAAGGAGCUAGUGGUGAUGGGCGGAGCUGUCCACGUCGAGGGCAACUGCACCCCGACCGCCGAGUUCAAUUGUUACGCAGAUGCGGUGGCGGCUGCGCGCGUCUACGCCCUUACGUCUCCGAACCCCUCCUCCACGAUGCCCAUCAUUCCUGCCAAGGGCUCGACAAUGCCCGCCUACCCAGAGAAGCUCAGCCGGCCCCUGAGGCUGGUGCUGUGUCCGCUCGAUAUCACCACGCCCCAUGGCAUUGACAAGAAGUACUUCUCUGAGAGUAUCAAGCCGUACCUGGAGGCUGGGAGCCCUCUUGCCCAGUGGACGUCCCAUUUCAUCAUGGGUGCAUUCGGCAAGAUCGGCGGCAUGGGCUUUGAUGACUCAGAACUCGAGCUAUCUCUGCAUGAUCCGUUGACGGUCUGGUACGCCAUGUCUUGUAACGACCCGGCAUGGAAACUCACCGAGCCGGAGGAUAUCCGCGUGGAGACAGCUGGUCAAUGGACCCGCGGCAUGCACGUUAUCGAUCGUCGUGGCCGUCAGAGGAAGCUGCAGGCUGAUGUCACGGCGUUGGAGGAGAUUCCUGGAGAUGAUGAUGGCUGGCUGCACGCCCACAAGGGAAAUCGAAUCUACCGCGUAGUUGGUUCGCCAGGCGAAAGGAUAUUCAAGGAGGUAUGGUUGAAGCGUGUCUUCGCUUAGAAAAAGGCCACAGAUCUUUGGGAAGAGGAGGAUCUCAGCUGUGAAGAGAGUAAGGACAUAGUUUCGGCUAUCUAGGGCAGAAUUCAUACCCCUAACAAAUAGACAACUACAGGUCCUCCAGUUUGAAAUGAUUUUCUCAGUUUUGCUCCCCAACGCCACAAUAAUGCCAGUCGUAGUUUUCCUGCUCUAUGCAACAUUUCGCUUGUUGUCACUUUCUUCGCGU